AUGAAUCCCUACCAGUUCGUUUUAUUGUCUUUUAGUAGAAUUUUAAACAAACCAAUAAAUUAUUUAUCAGGACACUUAAUCAAUUACCUUAACAACCACCACAAUUUGAGAAAAAAAGUAACCUACCUUGGAAAAGUAGUUAUCCAUAAUGAAGAGUAAAAUAUAAUCGACAAAGCUCAAAGAAAAGCAUUCAAAAAAUAUUAUAGUUGUAACAGCAAGCAUCUGCAUAAAGGAGCAUAGAGCUGUAUAGAACUAGGAAUAGUUAUAGCAAUAGGAAUAAUUCCAGCGUACAUUUAUUUAAAAAAAUUAUUUUCUAAAAAUCAUACUCGAAUGGAUGAAGAAAUAGAAAUCGCUGAAAAUAUCUUAAAAGAUAUUGAUCAAAAGCUCAAUAAAUAAAUAGAAAGUUCAAAAAACCUAAUAUCAAUUUAAUAGUAGAUGUAAAAAAGUAUAAUUUAAUAUGACUUACUUCAAUCUUGUAUCCAAAAAAAUCAAAAGUGA